AGUUCACAACAAAAUAACCAGUCGGUUUUGUGCUGCACUAGGUUCAUGGCGUACCUCAAUCUAAUAACACGACGUUAGUUACAAAGAAUUACACAUCGCAGAAGUUUAUGCAAUUCAGGUACUUUCACCACGCGUUGCGUAACCAAACAAAAGAACUCGUUUUAAACGGUGUGUCCAACGACGAAAUUGUGCCGGUUUGCUCUAUCAGUAAUAAAACAAGUGCAAGUGCCCCAAAUUCAGUGAUUUACUUCUGAAAAUCCAAGAAAAUACAAGGGAUGAAGGGUAACUGAAAAUGGCCUCACCAACCCCAUCGCUAGAAUCCUUACCUAGAGCAAACUCGAUCGGAUCGUUUUGCGAGCACGUGGACUACCUUUCGCUGUCGCCGGCCGACUCUCCCCUAUCGGUCACCGGUUCAACGCCGCCAGUCAGCGACUCAUUGGAAAGAGACUUGAUCAGCGACCAGAACGACCUGCACUGCCAGCAGUGCCGCGAACCCGUCGCCAACCCCAAGUUGCUCUCCUGCUUCCACACCUUCUGCAACUCCUGCUUGGAGAAGAACAAGCUCCUCUGUCCCAGGUGCAAUAGCGAAGCCGUGGAAGUGAUCCUCAGCUCUCUGCUGUUCAACACGGACAACAGCGACUACCAGAAUCAGCAGCAGCAGCAGCAGCAAGCGGUGAGGUGCACCGGCUGCAAGACCAAGAAGUUGGACGCCGUAGCGCGUUGCGUAGAUUGUGCCAAUUAUCUCUGUUCGAAUUGCGUGAUGGCGCACCAAUUCAUGCACUGCUUCGAGGGCCAUCGGGUCGUCAACUUGGCCGAGCUGAACAAGGAAGAGCCCAAGAACAACACGCUCUCGAGCUUGGGCAGUAUCAUCCCGAACGGCGAGAAGAACCUCAUAUGCCCGCGCCACAAGGGCGAGCUACUCAAGUAUUAUUGCCGCACGUGCUCCGUGCCCAUUUGCAAGGAGUGCCUCUCGAUGGAUCACCCCGUGGGCUUGCACGAUUACGAGCACAUCAGCGACGCCGCCCCCAAGCAGAUCGAGGCCAUACAGCAUGCCGUUUCUGAAGCCAAAUCGAAAGCCACCGACGUUAGGAACAUCCUGAAGAACGUCGAGCACGUGUCGAGCAGAUUGCAGGUGCAAUACCACAAGGCGCAAAACGAAAUCAACGACACGUUCCUCUUCUACCGAUCGAUGCUGGAAGAGCGCAAGCAGGAGUUGCUCAAAGAGUUGGAGAGCGUGUUUUCCGCCAAGCAGAUCUCGCUCGGCGUGGCCACGCAGAAGGGCCAGGAGACGGUCGAGCAAAUCUACAAAACGUGCGAGUUCGUCGACAGACUGAACAAGUGCGCCAACGUCGUGGAAAUACUGAUGUUCCGCAAGUUACUGGACGCGAAGCUGCAAGGAUUGCUGAACUACAACAUCGAUCAAAGCGUGCAGUCCGCCUGCGAGCUGGAAUUCGUGUCGAACUACCAAGCCAUACAGGUGGGAGUGAGGAACACGUUCGGCUACGUGCGGUCGAACUCCGAGGCGGUGGUGGGCCCCAGCAAGCAGCCCCCGAUCGCGAGACCCACGAAUAACGGCGGCGGCGGCGGAAACAACGGCGGAACCAGCUCGAGCGGAAGCAGCGUGAACGGAAGUUCCGGCAGUCUCAACGGGGGCGGCAUGCACUGCCCGUUCAGCAUGUCGGGGUCGAGCCAAUCCACGUCUCCGUUCGAAUCGAACAUCAUCAGCAAGCGGUUCAGCAGCGCCAACAGUUUGGGCCCGUUCUCCGCCACCAUCGGCGAUCUGAACCUCAACACGCCGAUCAAUCCGUACGAGAAGUGGUCCAACGGCGGCACCAACGACAGCAUUUUCCAGAACGGCUCGUCCGAUCCUUACUCGCUGUCGAACUCGGGCCCGACCGAUUCCAUGCUGGACUUGACUUCGAAGUUGAUGUCGACGGCCAUCUUCCCGCCGAAAUCGCAGAUCAAAAGGCAGAAGAUGAUCUACCACUGCAAAUUCGGGGAGUUCGGCGUGAUGGAGGGUCAGUUCACCGAACCCAGCGGCGUGGCCGUGAACGCGCAGAACGACAUAAUCGUGGCCGACACGAACAACCACAGAAUCCAGAUUUUCGAUAAAGAAGGCAGGUUCAAGUUCCAAUUCGGCGAGUGCGGCAAGCGCGACGGGCAACUGCUGUACCCCAACAGAGUGGCCGUGGUGCGAACCUCGGGCGACAUAAUCGUCACCGAGAGGUCCCCCACGCACCAAAUCCAGAUCUACAACCAGUACGGGCAGUUCGUGCGAAAAUUCGGCGCGAACAUCCUGCAGCACCCGCGCGGCGUGACCGUCGACAACAAGGGCAGGAUCGUGGUGGUGGAAUGCAAAGUGAUGCGGGUCAUAAUCUUCGACCAGACCGGCACGGUGCUGCAGAAGUUCGGCUGCAGCAAGCAUUUAGAGUUCCCCAACGGCGUGGUGGUGAACGACAAGCAGGAGAUCUUCAUCAGCGACAACCGCGCGCACUGCGUCAAGGUGUUCAGCUACGAGGGCGUGUACUUGCGGCAGAUCGGGGGGGAGGGCAUCACGAACUACCCGAUCGGCGUCGGAAUCAACGCCAACGGGGAGAUUUUGAUCGCCGACAACCACAACAACUUCAACCUGACCAUAUUCACGCAGGACGGCCAGCUGGUAUCCGCUCUCGAGAGCAAGGUGAAGCACGCGCAGUGCUUCGACGUCGCCUUGAUGGACGACGGCUCCGUGGUGCUGGCCAGCAAGGACUACCGCCUGUACAUCUACAGGUACGUACAGGUUCCCCCGCUGGGGCUGUAGAAGAAGACCACCGACCAGGCGUAAGAAGACAGGGUCCCCGGCACGCGGCGGCCACUCCAACACAACACUUUUUGUUGACGCAUCGUUUAUUAUGGAAACGGAGUGGUUCCGGCUCGUUGCUGGUCUGUUGUUGAUUAUAAUCGCCAUGAUGGUUUUAGAAACUUUUUUUUUCCAACACUGAGUACUGCAGAUGUGAACGGUUUUUUUCUUCUUCAUAUUUUAGGUUGUUUUUCAAGAUUAAUUCCAUUUCGUCUUAAAAAAAGUAAGUACCUAUAAAAGAAGUUUACAUUUUGCUCAAAAUGUCAUAUUAAAUAAAUACUCAACUUUUUAAGAUUGAUGUUAUUUAUAGAAUAUGCUUUAUUGUAGCGGAUUUCAAAAAAAAAAAAUUUACUCCGGCAUGGUUUAACUAAUUUUGGGCAGCCCAAAAUUAGUUAAUAUUAGGCACUCAGUGUUGGUAAUUCUAUCAUGGCGUUAUUAUUAUUAUUUCUUAGGAUUUUCUCUCGACGAUCGCGUGAACAAUGAACAAUAUUUUUUUAUUACGAAUCUCACGGCCGUCGCUUUGCUCUCGGCAAAGAAUCUCCACAUUAAAAAAAAAAAUCGUGUGUCGAACGACCAAAUCAACAUUUAAAUGCGAUGAAAUGAUUGAAAAAAAAAACAGGGAUAUUAUAUUUGAUUACUUAGAUGUUUUUAGCCGGCGCGUGCCGUUUGUUAAAUUGAUUGAUGAUUAAAAAUGAUCGGUUUCCAAUAAUGAUAAUGAUCUAUUUUAAUAUGCGUGUAUGAUGUUAGCAGUGUACGUCUCCUUUUUUUUUUUUUUUUAGUAGUAAUAGCGCGUUGUUAUUAUUGCGGGAUGCCGCGUUGUUAGCGACCCUAGUCACCCAAACUUUAGUAGAAAAAAAAAUGAAAUCCGUUGUUGCGUAAUCUCUCUCUAUCCGUAAGUAUCUCUCUUUGUGAAACGCGUCAUAGUUCAUCACCGUUCCGUAUUAAUUAGUAUUGAGACUAUUGUUUAAGUUGAAGAUUUUUGCUGGUGUUGCACACUCGAUUCGGCUGCGCCGUGCCUCCUACUCGUACUUGCUCGGCCAAUAAAACAAACAAACAAACAAAAAACACUCCCACCCCAACUCCCCGUUACUAUGUUAAUUAUUUUUAUGUUAUUAUUAUUAUUCACAUUUAUUUUUAGUAAAUGCAUUUUAUUAUUAUUAUUAUUAUUGGUGCAUGCAAUAUACGUCGCCGAUCAGUGUUUUUUAUAUUUUUUUAAUUAGUUUUUAGUAGUGUGUAGUAAUAUAUAUAUUUUUGUUGAUGCUGCCGAGUUUAAGAUAGGCGCCCAGGGCGGGCGCAAGCAUGCCACGAGCGCCGCUCAAGACUAUUUACUUAGUAGCUAGGAACUAUUCGAACAUUUUUUUAUUAUCAUUCACAAUGAAAUUAUCACUUUUGUACCAUUAAUUUAUCAUUAUCUUAUUUUUUAUUUAUAUUAUAUAGUUGUUGUUUUUUAUUUGAUUUGAUUGAUGAUCAUGAUCAUGAUUUGGGCGCACCAUUUCCGGAGGCGACUUUUCGUGCGGGGGUUGCGCGAUCUCAAAUCCCAUUCCAACCCCCGUGGCAUUUUGGGGGGCCCCGCGCAGGGCCGGUCUCCGCUGCGGGCACUCUCCCGGUCACUGCCCGACCAGUGUUAUGUUGUUUUUUUUAUAUUAAAAAUGCGCCGCCGCGCGCCAUAUUUUUUCUAUUGUUCCUCGGACUUCCUCGGGCAGUCACCCCGAGAACGCGGCCCGCAGUCGACACCCCCCCCACCGCAAAACCCCCCACUUUAUUUUUAUUACUACAUUUGUUGUUAUUAUUAUUAUAUUAAUUUAAUCGUAAAUUUGUUCUUAAAUUAAAUGUACAUUGUUUUGUUUUAUUUGAUUUUUUGUUGUAAAUGCUUUUUUAAUUAAUAAUACCAGUUCUUGCAGUUUUCACUUUUUUAUUUUAUUUCUCUCUCUCUCUCUGGUUUGGUGAUUGCCUCCACCUCAAUGACCAACUAUGGAUUCAAGCAAUUGUAACAGUUUACAAAAGUCUCUGAAAAUGAAGUAGUCAACAGCAAUUUGUAACCCGGACAUUUAGCAGUCAACUCCUAUGUAAAAUUGUCCGCUGAAUCCGAAAGUCAACAGUUCCAUAAUUUUUGACGGUCUUCUCGGAUUCAGGGGACAAUUUUAAGUAAGAAUUGGCUGUUUAAUGUCUGGGAUACAAAUUGCUGUGGACUACAGUUAUUAGUACAUCUCCAUAGUUGGUCAGCACACCCUUAUAAUCCCCAUACAUCCUAGUUACGAUCGGAUCCCGAGCAUCAAGUCUAUGAGCACGGCACGGCUCAACAAUUAAUCGCACACAACCUUGGCCGGCUCAUUUUUCCCCGCGUGCAAGUCUAAAACACGAAACGCAACAUAACUUUCCUGCUUUAGACUUGGACGGGCAGCUCAAAAGUGGGCGGACUACCUGUGCGCGAUAUACUUUUGUACUUAGCCUUAAGUAAUUGAACUACUACUACUACUUUCCUGCGGGAGCAUUUUAUGUGUGAAUUGAUAUUGAACAAUCUUCCUGGGCCCAACUUAUGCAAAUCCUAUAUAGUAUAGUUAUAUAGGCAUGUGUGAUUUUCUUAUCAUAGUCAUUAGUAUUUAGUAGCGUAGUAUUUUUUAAUAUUAACAAUAUCUUAUUAUCGUAUGUAGGGCACUCUCCCUUGUAUUUGGUGAGCAGUGCGAUCUGAGUUUGAGCAAAACUAACUUAAAAAAAACAAAAAAAAAAAAAGAUUUUUCGGUAAGACUGAUCAACAACACAUCUAUUCUGGUAACGAAAUUAGUGAUAAGCGAAAGAAUAUUGAAACAGUUGCGCGCGCGAUCGCCGCUAGUCUGGCGUCGCUACGCGCACACUCACAAACACAGCGCCAUCUGGCGGCGGUCGCGCCAAGCUCUCUUUUGAACAUGUUACGUUUAUACCUUCAAUAUGUCAAUUACUCUAGGGAACAUAUAAAACUACUCUAAUUUUACUUGGAGUCAAGCGUAGGUUUAGCUGUUACACUCUCCCACCUAUGAAGAACACUUUAAUUCAUAUAUUUGACAUUUAACAACUCCUUUACAAGCCUAGAUCCAACAAGGAAGCGUCAUUCUUAGUUUACCAUAUACAAAGUCGGAAAUUAAGAUGAACGUGCGUUAAGUGUUGUGUAAAUCCCUCCGAAUUACAAUGACCAGAACUACUGUUACGUAGCAUUCCAUACGAGACAUUCCAGUUGUUAGACUUAAGUUAAGGAUUUGGCCGUGAAUCGGCAGCAUUAAAAGUAGUUUGAAGUUGAUUUGAUACGAUUUGAAGUAGUUCUGGUGAAUAGUUUUGGUGUGAAGUUCUAUAUUGUUGACGCCCGUUACGUAGAGACGCGGGCGUAAUGAGCUACUUUUUUAACCUAUACUUUUUUCGCUAUAACUCAUUUACACCACCAAAUAUUAGAGGUUCCAAAUUUAAGGAAGCGCGAUGAAAAGUAUGCGUUAAAACUGAAGCAGUUUUAUUUUCUAUUCUCGAAAUCAUAUUCUCCGAUUGCACAAUUUAUAUUGUUAUUGGCUGCAUGAGUUGUUACAGAAUUUUAUUUUAUAUACCUUUUGCUCAUGUAGAUUGUUAAUGUGCACUGUUAAUGCGUCCACUUUUUUCAAAAAAAAAAAUGAAAUGAAAAAAGCACAUUUCUCUGUACGGUGUUGCGCGCUUGUCAGACCCUCUUAACAGACUGUGAUUUUCGGAAAUGCCUUUCCCAAAACGUUAUCACUUUGAUCACGCUCAAAAAAAAUUGUUUACGAAAAAAAAUUGCCGCCCCGGUUUUUGUCAUCCGUGCAUCAAACAGUUAAAAAGCCACUUGUUGAUUAAUAAUUUCUAGAGGUCCAAAAAUCCAAUUGUUCUUGUUAUAGCAUCACCUAUUGCCCCUUAAUUAACGCUAAUCUAAUCUCAGGAUCCGCCAUCUUGGAAUUUACGUUUGAAAAAUAGCCCGAGACGCCAAAAGACUUAAUAAUGUUGUUGUGAUUAAAAAUUUUAUGGGAUGCAUUGAUGACAAUCUUUAUCACUUUACUAAUGUUAUUCAGUUAUUACAGUGUCAAAAAAAAUUGAAAUAAUUAUUACAAAAUCUUCCGCCUGUUUUGGUGCAGCAAGAACACCAUGUAAAAAUGAUAAUGUGCAAGUUAAAUAUUGUAAAUUUAGUAGUAUGUAUACGGGUUGAAAUAAAAAAAAACAUAUUUUAUGGUAUCUACAUUGAUCAAUCUCCAAUAGCUCAAAUGAGAAAAGUCGCAUGACACCUAAAUCUAAAACAGUUGACAGCUAUUUUAAAUAAGGUUUUCUUUGGUUCAAGGGAUUUCAGAUACUUUAGCAUGUGUUUUUUGCAAAUUUCGCCUUCAACUGUAUUGACUGUUUCUAAUACACCAAUUAUAUACUCUCCCUUGCUUGUUGGCUGGAAAACCGACCAAAAAUAUUUAAAAAAAGAUUUGCUGCUUACUUACAUUGUACUCUAGCUUAGUCGUUUUAUAUUAAAUAAUAUAUUGUAUUUUUAUGUGCUUGUACGUCCUAUAAUGGUUGUAUUAACUAACUCGGAGAAGAGCGACCCUCCUCUCUCUUUUUGAUGACGAAAAAAAUAAGUAGCGUUUAUUAGUAGGUUUAACUUGUUAGGACUGAUCUAGUUUAUCCACCAUUUUGAAUAUAGGAAUACAUAUAUUGAGUGUUUUCAUUGUUGUGAGGCUGCACAUCCCUGAACGGCCCGCGACUGUUUUUGGCUCUACGUUUACAAAACACAAAAAAAAUCACAAACCAAAUUUUGCCGAGAAUUAACCAACGCACAAUUUAGGCUCAUUUUAUCAAAUUUGGUUACAUAAGAGCUUUAUAAAGGUUUUAUCAAAAUUAAUUGGUUAUAUAGCGGCUUUAUAGGAGCAAACAUGGUUUUAUAAGACUAAAAAAUGCAUGGAAUUUGUUUUGUGGUGUUUUGUGUACGUUUUUGUGGCACUUAGAGUCCCGCGGGCCGUUUUUUGGACACGCCAACUUAGCAUAGCCCGCUUUGUCCGUUAACGUUCCUGCCAAUAGGUCGCACACGAAUGCAGAAAAAUCUAUAUUUGAUAGCAAUAGUAUUACAUGUUUUUAUCUGUAUGUUAUUGGGUAGCUAUUUAUUAAAAAUACUUUAAAAAAGCAUUUCGCAUUGGUAUGGCUCGAUCGGAAUUCAACAAGGAUUUUUGUUGUGCCAAAAUGAUGAAAGUAGAAAUAUUGAUAUUCCAUAAUGAAAAACUUUGACAUAUCAAGGGACCAACUUGCUUUGAUUUUAAGCAUUAACACCAAAUUAAGAGUGAUUACCCCCUCCCAAAAUUAAACUGUUUAUAUUUAGAGCGAUACCAAUGUAUGAUGCGCGCAUGUGUUAGUUGGUUUUAUUAAAAACAUAUCUGGCCGAUUUUUGAGAAUCGGCCAUCUUCCGACUUUUAAUAAUAUAAAAGCGUACUACGCCAAUGGAGGUCGGUACGCCCCUGAUAAUGUGCUUCUUGCCCCGCGUACACUUGCUUCAGUAACCUAUAGUUGUAUUUGUAGCAGAGGCGUGCAUUUAGAAAAAGGGUAUUAUGAAAAAUGUUUCGGUGUAUUUUUGGCUAAAUUGUUAAUGAUAAAUUUCAAUUAUUAAAACUUUGUUAAAUUUGUUAGUUAGGAUUUUUUAUUGUAAUUAAUUGUAAACAUAUUGACAAUCUUUUUCUUCCUUUCUCGAGAAGAAUUUUUAAGCCUUAGAUAAGUAUUUAACGAAUGUGCCAACACAGCCUUAAAGAGGUUUUAUUAGCAUAAAAUUUUAAAAUUGGUUGAUCAACGAAAAACACCGAAACAUCGUUCAACGUGUUGCGUGUGGCGCGCCUCUGCGUUGCAUUUGUAUUUUUGGCAGCUUUUUUGCUAUACAGCGUGUUGUAUAAAACUGUGCCGACGCCUAUGUACCGAGUGUUUCACCGGUCAAUUUUUUUAACUCUCUCUCUGAACUUUAAGACUGAUGUGUUUGUUGUAGUAGGUAUCGUAUUUUGCAAAAUUAACAUGGCAAUAUUGUGAGUAAUACAUAAUAUAUUUUUGAGCAGUUUGUUGGCCGCGCCGCAAGAUGGCGCGGUGCUCUGUUGGCCUAUAGUACUCUCUCUCUCUGUAUUUGUCUCUGUUUGUGCGCAGUGGCUCACCACUGUUUAAGGCAUGCGCCUUAAAGGUUAUAUUGCGGCAGUGGACAAUAAUGUUACUCCAUCUGUUUACAAAUUCAGCAACUAACCCUCUCCGGCAACGCACACUUAUAUACUUUGGCGUUCAAGCAACAAAGGUGAGAUGUACUGGUGUACGUUGCUUGGGGGCAGGGGUUGCUGAUUGUCUAUUCCAAAGUAUUUUCAAAACUGUUGUUAAUCAAAAUGUUAUUAUAAGAUGAAGUGAUCUUUUUCGAUUCAAGUUUUUUUGUCAACUAGAUAUUUUCUUACAGAAAAUUUAUUUUGUAUAUGAUGGUUGAAAAUAAUAAUUGUGGUGUGCAUGUAAAUUCAUAUUAUAUUAUGGAGCACAUUAUCUGGCUAGCAUUUCAUGUAUACACUGUUGUUACGAAAAAAAUAAUAAUAAUAAUUCUUGAUAUGUUGUAAUGAUGAUAAAAUAUUUUUAAAAUGUUUGACGAAACAAAAAAAUGAUUACAUACCUAUUAUUUACUAAGUUGCUAUUUUGUGAACAGCGAUAGAUCCGCCACGAGAAUUAUUAUUACCCCUGUCAAGUUCUAUAGAAACUGUCUGUCUGAACCAAAGGGCAAUUUCUCUUGUCCCUUAACCCCGAAAACUUUAAGCAAUAACUAAUUAUGAACUCUCUGGCGGAGCUCUAGUCAUUUAUCGUUUUUCCUUUUUUUGUUUAUUUAGUAUAAGUUUUUAUCAAGAAGUUCUCAUUGUUGAAAAUAUGCCUAGUCAAUAGUUCGGGUGAAAAAUAAUUCUUUUGAACAUUUUC